GGAACAGGAAGUGAAGCGUACGUACAAAUGCAUGGUCAAAGGGUAAAGCAGCUGCACGAGGUUAGCUGCAUGUGGCUUAUCAGCCACACUCUCUAAACCCGAGGCCUGCGUUGAUUGCAAUGUACACGGGGUAAAGGCUGCGACGAACUAUUUGAAUCAGUACCAUGGCGGCGGCAGCAGGAGGAAGCGAGCUGAAAGAGCUGCUGGCUCUGAUACACCAGUGCUUGGUCCAGAUUGGUUAUGAGAGAGCAGCAAAGGAGCUGUUGGUACAGAGUGGCCAGAAGACCUUCCCUUCAUCCCCAGUCCCUCUCAGGGACAUCUUCAUUCAGUGGAAAAAAAUUUCCUCGCAAACCCAGAAAGAAAAGGCAGAUGAAAUCAAGAGAGGCAGCCCAGCAAAGAUCAGAGUUGCUGAUCCCGAGAGCAGCUCUGAGAGCUCAGAGGAGGAAGCAGCAAAACCCAUAAAAAGUAAUCUGCCUGUGAAUAACAGUUCUGUGGCUACAGCGGAGAGUAGUAGUGAGGAUGAGGAUUCAUCUUCUGAAGAGGAAGCAGUUGCUGGCAAAGUGGUGAAAAUUCCUGUGACAGGAAAUAAAGCUGGUGAUUUUCUGCAACUCGCUGCACAAAAGACUAACUCCUUCCCAGGUAAAGGGGUGGCGGUCGCUGCUGUCCAGGCAAAAGGGAGACAGAAUAAAGUAACUUCAGAUAAGCUGCCAACUCCAGCAGCGGCAAAAGCAGGACAGAGCAAAGUCCUUUCCAGUAAACCAGGACCUGCUUUGCAGUCUCCUGUUGUAACAGGACAAAAUGCGGCACAGGUGGCUCCUGCAAAGAAGGCAGCAAACGCUGAAAGCAGCAGCAGCAGCUCAUCUGAGAGUGAGGAAGAAAAGGCGCCGGCAAUAGUAAAACCCCCAGCACCCAAGCCAGCUCUAAAAAAGGCAGAGAGCAGCAGUGAAGAUUCAAGUGAUAAUUCUGACUCCGAAGAAGAAGAAACAAAUGCAGUAACACUCCAGGUAAAACCAGCUUUGGAAGGUGGACAGGUCAAUACAACACUGGCAAAAAGUUUGCCAGCUACUGCUGUGCCUUCUAAAGGAAAUGCGGCAAUGGCAUCUCCAGCAAUGAAAAUAGCAAACCAAACCAGAGUAGGGUCUGGAAACGUGGCCAGAAGCUCAAAGCCAACAGACAGUUCAGAGUCUAGUGACUCAUCUGACACUGAGGACGAGGAACCCUCCUUGAUAGCACAGACAAAAUCAUCUGGAAAAACCCCUCAGACCUUCUCAUCACCAGUGAAAAAUGCAUCAAGUCUUCCAUCAAGCAAGGCAGUCUUUACUCCAAACCCUUUGAAGCAAAUGCCAAAGACAUCUGUGACCGGCCUGGUGAAACAGCCGCCUCCUGCCAAGGCUGCUGGGUGUGCGAAGAAAGCAGAGAGCUCAGAGGGCAGCGAGUCAUCAUCUGAGAGUGAGGAUGAGGCUCUCCCAGUUCCAGUAAGCCAGAAGAGACCGCAAAUUCCUCAGCCUUCCACUGGAGCCAGACAAGAUCAGGUUGAUAAACUAGGCACCCCGGUGAAAGCAGCAUCGAGUGCUUUGAAAGGAAAGGCAAUGGAGAGCGAAAGCAGCAGCUCAUCUGACAGCGAGGAUGAAAUGGCUCCAGCAGCAGGUAACCUGCCACCGCCUCCAUCUGCAACCAAAGCGAAUGCUGCAGCUCAGUCAGUGUGUGUUACGAAAUUCCAGACUCUACCAGGACCACUUCAGAAGGCCCAAGAGAGUGAAGACAGUAGUCAAGAUUCUAGCGAUGAGUCUGACUCUGAAGAAGACACGGUGUUCACUCAGAAACCGGCUCAGGUGACACAGAAACUUGCCCCCAGUCCCGCAAAAGCCCCAGCUGCAAAGGCAGCAGGUGCCAAGUCAAGCAAGACGGGCGUUGCUCAGCCAGCAGGAAAAGGGACAACAAGCCCAGCAAAGUCAGCAGCUGCCUCUGUCCAGAAAGCCUCUGAGAGCUCAGAGACCGACAGCUCUGAUUCUUCAACGGGCGAGGAGGCAGCUGGAGAGCCUGUGCAGCAGACCCGUAUUCACCCUUUUUUUCAGCAGAAGACAAAUAAAGCAGCCAUUUCUUCAGGGAAGGGUGUACAGGCCAAGUCUAGUACCCCUGAUAAUAUUUCCAACAAGUCCCAAGGCCUUGCUGCAAUAACAGGGAAGGUGGAGCAAAGCCCCUCCAAAAAGGCUCUGCCUGCUAAACCUGGGGGGAUCCUAAAACGCCAGGAGAGCUCAGGAAGCAGCAGUUCCUCAGACAGUGAGGAGGAGGCAGUGCUGUCAACAGCCCAGCAGGUCCUACAGCCUGCAGGCAUGCUACAGAAACAAGAAGUGGUAAAAAAGCCAGAGAGCUUCUCUGAAGAGUCCAGUGAUGAAGACCAGGAGGCUUCACAGUCCCUCUUAACAGGUUUUUCAGGCCCUUCAAAGACCUCUGCAUCCACUUUAUGGAAGUGUGCUGCUCCUGUGCUAUCCAAACAGAGUUCUGGAAAAGCCUCCUCUAUUAUAAGUAGUCCUGCCAUCAGUGCCUUUGCAAAGUCUCCUGGGAAAGCCGCUCCUGCUGAUAGUUCAUCCAGUGACAGCAGCAACUCUGACACAGAUGAAGGAACUGUUGGACUGAAGGCAGAGAUGGGCUCAUUGUCCUCUUCUGGAAGGGAAGCAGUUGAGGCCAAGGUGGGUAAGGGGGCCGUGGCAGGAAAAAGGGGACCAGGAAGCAUUGGCUCCAAAGCUGCCUCAGCAAAGAAAGCUGCAGCCAAGGCUCAGAGCAAUGGCAAAGCCAAAGGAACUCCUGCAGGACAGUUACCACUCGCUCUGCUGUCCAAGGUUCAUCCCAUGGGAGUCAGCUCCGAGGAGGCUGUUGCCAGAGAUCCUGUUGCAGCUGCCCAGGAAGACACCCAAGCCACCCCUGUUGUGGCAGUCAAGACUCCAAAGCCAUCAAAGUCAUCCAAGGCUGGGGUGAAAGAGAAGCCAUCCAAGAAACGGAAGCUGGCUGCUGUGGAAGCUGGCCUCGGGGAACCCAAAGGGAAGAAACGUAAAGCACAGAGUGGCCUAGAGGUGCCGAAAAAGAAAAAGAAGAAAGCCAAGUCUUCGAGCAGCAUCAAAACACCAAAGAAGAAAGAUGGCAAAGAAAAGAAAUCUGAUAAGAAGAAAAAGAAGAGCAAAAAGCUGGAGUCGCUUACUGCAGAUGGAUUGCAAAAGAAAAAGAAGAAAAAGAAGAAAACUGGAGAGCUUGUGGGAGCAGCAUGAGGAAGAAAAUCCUUCUUCGGAGGCAUGGUUUGAAGAGCAAGUGUGUAAAGCCACCAUCCCCAACUUGGGCCCUCUAAAUGUUGUUGGACUCCCAACACCAUCAGACCCAGCCAACAUUGACAAUCAUCAGGAAUAAUGGAAAUUGUAGUAGUAACUCCUAUAACUGUAUUAUAGCACUUUACAGUGGGUUAUACUCUUUAUUAGAAUUGCCAUUCAAAAUGUAUCCCCAAAGAAGGAUUGCUUUAGAAUGUGUCAGGCCUAAAAUCUGUCUCCAAGUACUUGGGAGUUCUUUCUUUUUUCCUUCUUUGGGAAAGUCACAUGGCUCUGCGGUGAAGAAGAGCUGGGUCAUUGGUUUUUUGGUUGUUCACAGCAGUAAGAAUAGCAUGUCAUUUCAUGUGUGGGUGAGAAAAGAUGUCAAUUGCUCGUAAUUCAUUUGCAGAUUAUUUUCCAACUCAUUCACUGGCAAAAUUUCCUCCUUUAUAAUACAAAACUUUUUCCACCCUCCGGACACGGUGGAAUCAUCGGAGGCCCGCUGUAAUCAGUUUGCCGAUCACUUCCAGAAUAAGAUCUCAUGUAUCCACCGGGACCUAGACUCUCAAGUUAUAGCAGUAGAUCCUAGUGAGAUGUCCGGAGCACAGUCUUGUCCUGUUUUGUUGGAUGAGCUUCAGUUGGUUCAACUCGAGGACGUGGACAAGGUGCUUGGACAGGUACGUGCAACCACUUUGGUACUGGAUCCUUGCCCCUCCUGGCUGAUAAAAACUAGUAGGAAUGGAACAGGUAGCUGGGCCAAGGAAGUGAUAAAUGCCUCUUUACGAGAGGGAGUGGUCCCGGGCUGUCUGAAAGAGGCAGUGGUGAGACCACUCCUGAAAAAGCCUUCCUUGGACCCAGACAAUUUUAACAGCUACAGGCCAGUGGCGAAUGUUCCAUUCCUGGGCAAGGUCUUGGAACGGGUGGUUGCUGGCCAGCUCCAGGUGCUAUUGGAUGAAACUGAUUAUCUAGAUCCAUUUCAAUCGGGUUUUAGGCCCGGUUUUGGCACUGAGACAGCCUUGGUCGCCCUGUACGAUGACCUAUGUUGGGAAAGAGACAGAGGGAGUGUAACUCUGUUGAUUCUCCUUGAUCUCCAGUGGCUUUUGAUACCAUCGACCAUGGUAUCCUUCUGGAGAGGCUCGUGGAGUUGGGAGUUGGAGGUACUGCUUGGCAGUGGUUCCGCUCCUACUUGGCGGGUCGUCUCCAGAAGGUAGUGCUUGGGGAACAUUGCUCGACACCGCGGGCUCUCCAAUAUGGGGUCCCGCAGGGGUCAGUUUUGUCCCCCCUGCUUUUUAAUAUCUACAUGAAGCCGUUGGGAGAGGUCAUCAGGAGUUUUGGAGUGCGUUGUCAUCAGUAUGCUGAUGACACGCAGCUCUACUUCUCCUUUUCAUCUUCUUCAGGUGAGGCUGUCGAUUUGCUGAACCGUUGCCUGGCCUCGACAAUGGACUGGAUGAGAGUUAACAAACUGAAGCUCAAUCCAGACAAGACUGAGAUGCUGUUGGUGGACGGGUUCUCUGAUCGGAUGGUGGAUAUAUACCCUGUCCUGGACGGGGUUACACUCCCCCUAAAGGACCGGAUUCGUAGUCUGGGAGUCUUUUUAGACUCUUCCCUCUCACUUGAGGCUCAAGUAGCCUCGGUGGUUAGGAAUGCGUUUUACCAACUUCGGUUGGUAGCCCAGCUACGUCCCUAUUUGAGUAAAGAGGACCUUACAUCAGUGGUACAUGCUCUGGUAACCUCACGUUUGGAUUACUGUAAUGCGCUUUACGUAGGGCUACCUUUGAAGACAGUUCGGAAGCUACAACUAGUGCAAAAUGCGGCGGCCAGAUUGCUGACAAGGACCAAGCGGUCCGAGCAUAUAACACCUGUUCUGGCCAGCUUGCACUGGUUGCCAAUAUGUUUCCGGGCUAGAUUCAAAGUGUUGGUAUUAACCUAUAAAGCCUUAUACGGUGCGGGACCACGAUACCUUGCGGAACGCCUCUUCCGAUAUGAACCGGCCCGUGCACUACGUUCUGCUAUGAAGGCCCUCCUCCGGGUUCCAACUCACAGGGAGGCCCGGAGGGUGAUGACAAGAUCUAGGGCCUUCUCAGUGGUGGCCCCCUAACUAUGGAACAGUCUCCCUGAGGAAGUACGCCUGGCGCCGACUCUGCUUUCCUUCCGGCGCCAGGUCAAAACCUUCCUAUUCUCUGAAGCAUUUUAAGUUACAUUGAUCUAAUUUUAAUAAUGUUUAUUGUAUUGGAUUGUUGAUUGUAUUUUAGUAUUAUUUUGUUAUUCAUUGUAUUUUUAUGCUAUUUUAUGUUCACCGCCCAGAGAGCUAUUGCUAGUCGGGCGGUAUAUAAAUUUAAUAAAUAAUAAUAAUAAUAAAUAAAACUUUUAAUAUGUUCCUUUGUCCCAUCCCCCCCCUUUCUGCAGUGGCAUGAAGUGAAGAAUGGAAAUAUAUUGGGAGCAUUCAACAGAAAUAAACUGUUUGUUUAUAUUUUUUAAACAAAAGAAAACCUGAAUGUCAAAGGCGGAAUUUAAAUCUUUAUUUAUAACUAUUUUUAACUGUGACUUUUAGAGCUCAGCUUUGUUAGCAACUGGUCUGGCUAUGGGCUUGGGAAAGAGAGGUACACUUCCUGCAUUGCCAAAGGAGAAAAGUCAGAUACUGUAAAUGAUGGAAUGUGGUGGACAGGAAGACCGCUUUGAUUAUUCAGUCUUGAACACCUUAAUUUCUCUUAUUCCUACUUCCUCCUUCACCCCUACCCCAACACUUAAAAGAGUUUUAUUUUUUAAAGGAAAACGUUACUUUCUCUCCAUUCAUUCCAUCUGCUUUCCAAUUCCUCCUUUAAUGUUAAAUUAAAAGUUAAGUUCUACAUCUCUACAAUAUAUCCUUUCUUCCAGGAUUUGUGUUCAUUAUGUACGAAACGUUGUUGGCUCAAGGUUGGCUUUUUGUCUUGUCCUUUUCUCUCUUUUUUAUAAUAGUACACAAUAAAACAUUUUGACUCUGGAAAAA